AUGAGCGGCAAAUCUAUUGCUGUUGCUUCUUGCAAGUACUGCCCACCAGUUUCCCCCGAGGAAGAUGGGCAGCAAAAGUUUGCCUGUUGUGAUACUGCAUGCAUUGAUAUCGCCGCGGAGAGGGAGUGCGAUGCAGACGGAGAUGAUUCCAGCAAAGAUGAAGAUGCAAAGGAAUCGUCCAACUGUGCAAGUGCCUGCUGCUCUGGCAAAGCCACGGCUCCGAAGCCAAAGAAGACCACGCGCAAUGAGAGACUCAAGGCGGCACGAGAGCGUUAUGCUGCAACUCUUGACGCUGUUGGUUGUAUCUGCAGAGCUCUCCUCGCGCGGAACCUCGAAACUUGUUGCUCCCCAGACACCAAGCGCACACUGAGAGCAGUCAACGCAGCAGUCUCUCCUCGAGCCAGCCUUUCUUCCCACAGUUUGCGAGCUGCUAAAACCUCGGGGUGCUGCUCUAACAAGGAGCCAGAUAGCUGCACCAAGAAGAAGAAGAAAACAGACACAACUGACAAGAAUGCCAUGGUUGUGAACAAGCCAAGUUGCGGUGAAGGCAGAGCCGAUAGCUGCUGUGGCAGUAGUCCAGACACCCAAGUACUCGUCAUUGAGAAAGGAUCGGACUCAAACAAAGCCAGUUGCUGUUCUAGCAAUGCCCCAAGCAAGGCAGGCUGCUGCAGUGGCAAAGACUCGGGAAAUGAUGGAAUUGAUUCCACCCCCCGGGCUCCCCCAGUGCAGGAAAGCUGUGCCACCAAAUCAUGCUGCAGCAAGAAGCCAGAUAUGCCUGUUCCUAAAGAAAAAUGCUCCUCCAAGACUGCCUGUAGCAAAGGGCCUGUCAGUGCACCUGCUAAAACGGGGUGUGCCAAAUCAUGCUGUGGUCCAUCGACUAAUGCUUCCAUUGCCAAGAAGACGCCGCUCGGAAAGCAAUGUUCGGCAACUGCCGUCAAAGUCCUUCCAACGAUGGAUGCAAACUCUACGCAAAGCUCCUCUGGCGGUACCAAGUCGGGUUGCAGUAGCAAGUCCGGGGCUGAUACUGCCAAAAAGGUGUCUACAGAUGAUUGCUGCAGUAGCCAAAAACCCCUCUACUUUUCUCCUUUUGAUGAUGACUGCGCCGAGUCUUGCUGCGACAAAGACGAUACCAAAACAAUAAUUGCAGGUUGCAAGUCAACUGGAAGUUCGUCAGAUGGCUGCUGCGGCACACUUAGCACUACAAACGAGCCCUUGAAGCCUCGUAAUUCUCAUGAACAGAGCAUGCGAGACAUUGAGAGAGCGGAUUUUGCUACCGAGCACAUUGUCCUCAGUGUCGAGGGCAUGACAUGUGUUGGCUGUGAAAACAAGCUGUUCAGGUCACUCUCUAUUAUUCCUGGUGUACAAAACCUGCAAACCUCACUGGUGAUGGCUCGUGCGGAAUUUGACCUCGACGCCAAAGCCUCCGUCGACGAGCUUAUCAAGGAAGUUGCAAAGACAACGGAGUUUGCCUGUCAUAGGCUUAGCACCAAGGGACAGAGCAUAGAUAUCAUCGUCCCAGGUGAUGCUAGAGACUUUGUUAAACAGAAGAUGCCGUAUGGUGUGGAAAAUAUGACCACAAUUGACGACGAUACAGUUCGCUUAGGCUACGAUGCGAAACUCAUUGGAGCUCGUGAGCUUCUCCAAAGAGGCUUCGACAGGGAAAUAACACUUGCCCCUGCUCGUCCCUACGCCGAGCUCGAAUCUGGAAGUAAGCAUGUCAAGGAAACAUUUCUUAUGACUUUGCUCUCGACUGUUCUCACCAUCCCAGUUUUGGUACUUGCCUGGGCACCACUCAAGCCUCGCAAAACGUUGUACGGGUCGAUCUCACUGGUAUUGGCCACAAUAGUUCAGUCUGUCGUCGCUGGGCCGUUCUAUACAAGUGCCUUAAAAGCUCUGAUUUUCACCAGAGUCAUCGAGAUGGACUUAUUGAUCGUCUUGAGCACCACGGCGGCAUACACUUUCUCUGUUGUCGCCUUCGCAUACCAAGUUAGCGGCAAUCCGCUGUCAACUGAAGAGUUUUUCCAGACAAGCACUCUACUGGUCACUCUGAUCAUGGUCGGGCGUCUCGCAAGCGCCUUCUCUAGACACAAGGCUGUUGAAUCAAUUUCAGUGAGGUCGUUGCAGACCCAAACAGCACUCCUAGUCGACGACGAUAACCCUGGGGGCUACGAGAUUGAUGCCCGUGUUCUACAAUAUGGCGAUAUUCUCAAAAUCUUGCCAGAUUCUCGCAUCCCAACAGACGGUACUGUUAUCUCUGGCGAGAGCGAGGUAGAUGAAUCCCAUAUCACAGGAGAGGCUGUUCUCGUCGAAAAGUCAACAGGUUCUAAUAUCAUAGCGGGUUGUCUCAACGGAUCGGGUGCGCUCAUCGUCCGUUUGAGACGCCUGCCAGGAGAGAAUACAAUCAGUGAGAUUGCCGCCAUGGUCGACGAAGCCAAAUUCUCGAAGCCUAAGAUUCAAGAGCUUGCUGAUCUUGUGGCCUCGUACUUUGUGCCAGUAAUCAUCGUCCUCACGCUCAUCACAUUCAUGGUCCAGGUAGCGGUAGGCAUAGCUGUCCGUCACCACUCCGGAAGCACAGCGGUUACGGAAGCCGUCACUUAUGCCAUAUCAGUUCUCAUCGUGGCAUGCCCAUGUGCCAUUGGUCUGGCAGUUCCUAUGGUUGUUGUCAUUGCUGGUGGUGUCGGGGCUCGACAUGGGGUUCUUUUCAAAUCUGCUGAAACUAUCGAGACUGCACGCAAGGUGUCUCAUGUGGUCUUUGAUAAGACUGGCACUUUGACCGAAGGAAACCUGACUGUCGCCGCUGCGGAAUAUUUGGCUCAACCACCGACUGCAUCGGCUGCGUCACUUGUUCUUGGCCUCACCAUCAACAGCAAGCACCCAGUCUCUGCCGCUGUCGCAUCAUACCUCCUCUCUCAAGGCACCGAGCCGGCUCAUGUCGAAGGAGUAAAAUCGGUCACUGGAAGCGGCAUGGAGGGUGUUUGUGCUGACGGGAUGCUUCGGGGCGGAAAUUCCAGAUGGCUGAAUACUCAUAACGUCCCACAAGCGUCAAAACUCCUCUCCCAAGGGCGGACGGUUUUCUGCGUCUCGCUUGAUGGGAACCUACUGGUGGUUUUCGGCCUCGACGAUUCCCUCCGUCCCGAUGCCAAAUCAACUGUGGCCGAACUACAAAGUCGCGGCAUCACGGUCUCUAUCGUCAGUGGCGAUGAUGACGGUGCAGUCCAACGAAUUGGCCGAGAGCUUGGAGUUGAUCCAAAUCGUGUCAAAUCACGAUUUUCCCCUGGCGAUAAGCAGAAAUACAUAAAAGACAUCAUGGACGGUACGAAUAAAGUGGUCUUGUUCUGUGGAGAUGGCACCAAUGACGCUGUCGCUCUUGCCCAGGCCAGCAUUGGGCUUCACAUGAACAGUGGCACCGAUGUUGCAAAGAGCGCGGCGGAUGCCGUGCUUGUCAGGCCCGCGCUCGAAGGCGUGCUCGUACUGAUCGAUCUUUCCAAAGCAGCAUUCCGGCGUAUCUUCUUCAACUUUGCCUGGUCGUUCGUCUAUAAUUCUAUCUCAGUGUUAUUUGCGGCCGGUGCCUUCGUUGCUGCUCGCCUCCCACCCCAGUAUGCUGGGCUGGGUGAGAUUGUUAGUGUCUUGCCUGUCAUCCUGAUUGCUUUGCAGUUGCGAUGGUUCAAGCCGCAGUCAAGCGCAACUACUUAG